ACUGCGCAUGCGCCGGUGCCAUUUUAGGCUAUUGAUUCUGCUGAAGUUGCGAGGACAAAACUCGGGAAGGAAAAAAGUUAGCAAGACGACCAGUUUGUUGCCGCCUUGCUUCUCUUCUCUCCACGCAUGUCGCUCAAGGGCCGCCGAUUACUGAUCAGAUAAAGUCCUUCCGCGGCUUGGAAGCCUUUUGGUUUAGCCUAGCUUGCUAGCUGGUAGCUUAGCUGCUAACAAAGAGACAAAGCGGAAGUGAUCGACACGUCCCUAAAGUGUUGUGAUUGUGUGAAAAUGUGCAAAGUAGAAAUGCUGAGAGUGUUGGUGAAGCAGCGACUAACUGCUGCUGUGGAAGAAAUAUUUGUAGUGUUAGAAAGAACCAUAGCAGAAUACGAGGAGGAACUUUCUAGAAGAAAAGAGGAGAACGAGCGACAACGUCAACUACUGGACGCUCUUUUCAACAAACAUCAACAAACAGAUGUCGGUGGAGAACCUCCUCUUCCUGAGCAGCAGGAGUGGACCUCCACAAAAGAGCGGGAGGAGCCACAGCCUCCUCACCUUAAAGAGGAAGACGAGGAACACAGCAUCACUGAGCAUUUAAAAAAAUUGGAGGAGGUGCAGGUGGUUGGUUUCAUCGUGAAGAGAGAAGAAGAUGAGGUCAAAGGUGAAAGCGAGGUGAAGAGAGAGGCGGAGCCUCCAAGAAGCAGCUCCACUCAGGACGUGACAAGAGAAGGUGAUGGAGACCACUGUGGAGGAUCACAAGCAGACUUAGCUCCACUGUCAGAUAGUGAAGAUGCGACGUCACACCCUGCUGACACUGAUGAGGAAGACUCUAAAGCUGCUCACACUGAGAACACUCCCUUUAAAUGCUCUCACUGUGACAAAACUUUUACUAACCAUAGUAAGCUGAGAAGACACAUGCAGUGUCACACAGGAGAGAAACCGUUCGUGUGCUUAGUCUGCGGCAAACGGUUCUCUCAGAAAGCACAUAUGAAAGAACACACCAGGACGCAUACAGGCGAGAGACCCUAUGCCUGCUCAGUUUGCAGCAAGAGUUUCACUCAUGCCUCAACUCUGAUGAGACACUCUGGAACACACACCAGAAGACAGACGGUCCAAAACCCGGUCCGCCGUGUAGGUUUCUUGACGACGUCACUCAUGAAAGAACAUAUCCGAACGCACACUGGAGAGAAACUCUUCUCCUGCUCAGUUUGCGGGAAAGAAUUCUUUCAAGAGUCGCGUUUGACAGAACACUCAAAAACGCACACCAAAGAGAAACGUUUCGCCUGCUCAGUUUGUCGCCAAACGUUCUCUCAAAAGUCGUAUUUGAUUAUACACGCGAGAACGCACACCGGGGAGAAACCUUUCACUUGCUCAGUGUGCGGCAAACAAUUCGCCCACCGGUCAAAUUGGACGAGACACACACGAACGCAUACCGAAGAAAUACCAUAUGCCUGCGCGAUGUGUAAUAAAAGUUUCUCUCAAAAGGAGUAUUUGAUAGCGCACAUGAAAACACACACCAGGAAGAAACCAACUUCCUGCUCGGUCUGCCACACAUAUUUUGCCGAUCGCUCAGCGUUGAGGCAACACUUAAAAACACACACUGGCGACAAUAUUGAUCCCUGAAGAUAGACUUCACUGCUUGGGGGUGUUUGCAUGCUAAUGGUGCUCUGCUAUGAAAUGGUGUGUAGGAACCUACUUUUAGUCAUCACAUUAUUAUUAUUAUUAUGAUGUAUCUGAAUAAAAUAAUGUCACUAACUUUAAACUUCUCCUCUCUACUCUGAGCUUCCUUUGCAUUUCAGAGCUCUUUGUAUAGUUUGUGUAAAGUUGAGCUCAGGAUGUCAUUACCAAGACUUUUUGACUGCUGUUUAAUUUGUGUUGGCCUCCACACAUGUCUAACUACUCAAGACCUCUGUCCCACUAUUCAGCAUCUUAUACUGUACUCUCGUCACAAAGGAAACAUGAAAGUAACAUAGUAAAAUAUGUUUGAAAAUAUAA